CAAAAAAAAACUCCUGAAAAUGUACAGCUUCAAGAACUUCAGCCUUUGCCUGAUGAUUCCUCUUAUGUGGACUUUCGUCACAGCCAACACGCCAAUUAGACAAUGCUCCGACAGCAGCUAUCCUCAACCUCUGAUGGUCCAAAUUGAUAAUUGCGACACCUUGCCCUGCGAUUUGUGGAAGGGAACCGAGGCCAAGAUCGACAUUCAGUUUGUUGCCACUCGCAAUACGAUGAAGAGGUUGUCGGCCGAAGUGCACCUGACCUCACUGGGAGUGACCAUUCCCUAUGACCUGGAGGCUUCCCGUGGCAAUGUGUGCAGCAACCUGCUCCAUGGAGCCUACUGCCCCCUGGAUGCCGGCGAGGAUGUGACCUAUCAGCUGCUCCUCCCAGUCACGAAUAACCAACCCGAGGUGCCCACCCGCCUGGAGGUGCGCCUCCUGGACUCGGAUGACGAGAAUCGUGUGAUCUCCUGCUUCCUGGCCGACACUCGUGUCAAGAAGCCCAGUUCGGGAGCUUAGAAUCUUAACUUAUAUACAUAUAUGGCCAAGACAUUGUAUCAAUGUUUUGGGUAGUGGGCAUCCAGCGAUGCCAAUUAAUAGCGCGUAAGCUGUUGGCACUUAAGCCCGACAAACACUAUUAGCA